AUGUCGUGGGUUAUGCGAAGAAUCCGGUUAUGUAAGGUAGUAAUUGCCAAGCGAGAAGAUAAUAAAGAAUCUGAAAAAGAAUCACUUACAAAGCACCCCGAAAAAUAUUCUCACGAAGAUGAUUUUCCAUUUUGUGACGCAAAGUGUCAAUUCUACGAAUGUUUUUGUACAUUGCCUCAUAGACACACGCAACUUCAUGAUAUCAAGCAUCGAAAUAUGAUACCAAAUCAAUUCAGUUGUUCUGGUAACGUACAGGUUUUAAAGAAACAACAAGAGUUUGCAAAAUGUGAUACGAAUGUUCCACGAAAACAUUCUCAAGGGUCUUCAAACGCUCAAAUUAAAUCAUUUUAUGGGCAUGUGAAAAUCCAGAUACGUGAAAAGCUGCCGCUUUCAUAUUGUUUUGUCUUGGAUCGAUCGGAAUCUAUGAGUAGUAAUGAUAUGAAGCCUUCACCGUGGACUUUUAUUUUUAAGGAAAUGAAAGCAAAUAAUAAUAAUAGACUCAGUAUACCAAUUUAUGGAAACACGUCUUCAACUCAAGAAAACCAGAAUCAAUUUUCACCCCCUUUGCGUAAUAGCAUUUCAUUAAUCCUGUUUGAUCAUAAUGUUAUCGUACCACUUGAGAAUCGAAAUUUAACAGAAUCGGGAGCUUUAUUGAAACAAUGGUGGUGGAAAGAAUUUCGAUCUCCCAAUGGAUUUAAUCUAUUCUUAUUUUGA